AUGCCUACAAAUGCAUUGUUAUUCCGAUCGGAUAACUCAUCGGGCACAACGAAAAAUCCCAAGUUGACUGGCAUCCCACAAAUCGACUACAUCUGGGAUCCAAACCUUCCACGCGAGCUGAGAGGUUAUAACCUUUCGAGCUACCCAUUUUUCUCAACUGUACCGCCUGAGGACGACAUUCACUUCAAAUGUGAUGGUCUGCAUGAUGGCUUCUAUGCUUCCAUUGAACAUAAAUGUCAGGUAUAUCAUCACUGCGUCUAUGGUAUCCGACACGAUUUCCUCUGUGCCAAUUUUACGGCAUUCGAUCAGCGAACUUUUAUUUGUCACUUCGUUUCCGAUGUCGAUUGCGAGGGCUCAAAAAACUAUUGGAACAGAAAUGAUGACCUUUAUAUGGCUACGACAACAACAACGACGUCUACAACCACUACAGAACCACCACCAACUCCACGCAGACGGCUGGUAAGACCGUUGAGACCAUUGCGGCGUCCGAUAAAUCGUCGGCCGAUAGAUGAUUAUUACUAUGAUGAUGAGGAAGAAACAGUAGGUGCUUAUGAAGAUGAUUACUAUGAAGAGCGCUUGAAUCGUCGUCGCAAACCCAGACCAAGGCAACGAAAACCAGCACCUGAGUAUGAAGAAGACUACAGCGACGAUAAGCCAAGGCGUCACAAUCCCCGUGAUCGUUUCCGUGAUGAUGAAGAACUAGAGGAAGAGUAUGAUACUGAUCGUCGCAAAUAUGACCGACCUAAUACACGGCACAAACCGGCUGACCGGCGCAAGAGUGGAAGUCGUAAAACUACUCCGACUGCUGGACGUUUAGGUGGUGAUGAGCGUCGCAGUUUCAACGAUGAUCGCGCCCAGUCGGGUCGAAAAGACAAAGCGCGUAUUACUCCGUCUUCAGAUUCAAUCGAAGCUUCAGAUUCACCUCCACGUCGUCUUACUGGAAGACGUCGCAUUAAUGAAAAACGACCAUCCCCAUCCGGUGUUGAUGAAAUAGAUGAAUACGAAAAACCCCAAGUGCAUGCACCAGAUCAAGAGGAGGCUGCUGAGGAAGAAGCGCCACCUAAAGUUAAGACUACGCCCAAGCCAUUAGAGGAAUUUAUAACGCCCAAGGCCGGUAGUGGCUCCGUUUACGCACGUCCACGUGCACCCCCACGAAUUGCACGCCCUGUUCCACUUAACGAGAAAAAGAAGUUCCAGUAUCCUGUACAGAAAACAGGCACCACAACCAGUCCUGAAAUUACGCAUGCGGUUGAUGCCGAUUACUAUGAAGAUGAGGCCUACGAUGAUAUGCAUUCACAACGCGCCCACCCACGAAGGCGUGUUGUAGAAAGUAAGUUUGAUGACGAAGAAGAAGUACCUAGCUCGAGAAGGCGUAAUCAAAAUGACACGCCUUUAAUCAAGAAACCUUCACGAACAACCAUUCGUCGCCCAACAACUGAGAAGAAGCAUGGGCCAAUCGCAGAAGAUGAUGAUUAUGAUAGUAGCAGUGGGAUAUCUGAUGAGCCUGUGGAUAGUCACACUAGCAGCCGUCGACGACCUUUCACCACUCGCAACCGUGGCUCUUUUGGUCCCCCCGUUGGCCGCGGUACUGACGAUGUAGACUUUGUGGAUGAUGACUACGAAGAGCGACCACUGCGUCCGGUUCAUAGGCUGCGGCCAAAAGUGGCAGCUCGUAAGGGAACCAAGAAGCCGCGUCGCCCAAUAGAAGAAGAUGUAUAUGAACAAGAACCUGAACCCCAACCACUGAGUCGCCCUAACGCCAAUCGCCCUAGGGCAAAAAUCAACACCCGUUCGCGGCAAUCCUCAACUACGACGACAUCAACAACGGCCGGUCCACACGAGGAUGAGGGAGAUGUAGAGCCAGAGGAAGUGGGGGAAGAACCAUCGGUACCCGCCGCACUAAGCAGGGGCUCUGCCCAUGCACAUUCAGGACGCACAGCAACGGUACGUGUUGUCAAGCGACCAUUCUUGCCUUCUCGCGGUGGCAGUCCCUAUCUACCACGUGGCCUACAACCGGUUGGUGUGGCUCUUAAACCACUCAGCACACACACAACGGACAGCACUCCCCUCGACAUGGGAUCCACAAUAUCAGGUGUGCGCCUCCUCGAGCAUGGUGCACCGAUAUUGCGUGAUUCUGGCAGCGGUUCAGCCCCCACGUCAGUUCAUUCAUAUCUACAUGACUCAAAUGUCUAUGACCGGGAAAGGGAAAGUGAAUUGCAAACAGCACAGAUCCAUCGCACCACCUUGCCACCGCGAAGUGCAUUACCAAUGUUACAGGCUCGGCCAGAACCACAACCCAAAAUCACUUUGGACGAGCUCUACGAAAACGACUAUGACGUCACAUUAAACGACGCACUCAACCCGACGCUUAAACCGCUUACGCCGCAUCACAGCAAUCAUCCAAAUCACAAUAGCGCUUUCGAGAAUGCAUAUGCUUCAGAUCCGGGCGUCAGUACAUUUGUCAAUAACAAUAAGUCACCAAAACUUUUUCACAAUAACAACAAUCAAUACCAACAACAGCAACAUCAAAAUAAGCAUCAACAAAAUUCCUAUCAAACUAAACCGCAAACCUCGCUUAGUCAAUCCCAAACUCAUUUUGAAUCACAUCAAACAUCAAAAUCAUUGCAAUCUCAAAUGCACCAUCAAACCGAACAUUUACUCGCACAACAAACAAGACAGCAACAACAACCACAAUCACAACAGCAACAACAACAAAGCUCUUAUAAAGACUACAAUAGUGAUGAUUCAUAUUUUUCACCAACAGAUAUCCGACGGCGCGCGGUCGUUGCAGCGCCACAACCGUAUUCCAGUCGAACGGACUACAGGGGCGUCGGUAUGAGAAUAGCCCAGCAUUUCUAUGAUGAUUUGGAAUACUAAAGGUUAGACUAAAGGUCAAACGUUUUUCAUAGCAAAUGUAUUCAUUCAUACCCGACUAAAUGCAUAUGUAUCUACAUUCGUACUUACAUAUAUAAAUUUUUGUGUUCAUAUGUACAUAUGUAUGUCUUCUGAGCAUUCUUAGGUUUACAAAUACGUUCUCUUGCUUUCAUGAACUAUUUAUUCAUUACUAAUUUCGUGUUACCUGAUUGCGCCAUUCACUUACGUACAUACAUACAUAAAAAAUCGCAGAAAUAACCAUACCCUAAGUGCCAGCAGUAAUGAAAGGCUACAAAAUUGCGAUUCUUAAAGCUCGAAAUGAUUUCGCGAAGCGUUAUCAUUGUGUGGCGCAUUACCUAGCCUCUGAAAAACCGAAACAAUACAGUCUCCUUAAAUGUUUCGGAAUGCGAAUGGGAAAGUUAGGAAUAACAUUACAAAGGCUACAAUCAACUUAAGUCAUCGUAUUUAUUACUUAAAUAUUUGGUAAAUUAUUAGAACAUCGAACGAGUGCUUAACCUGUACAGUGUUUAAAUCUAGUAGAUAAAGUUCAAAACGGGCAUAUUCAGCCUCAUUGCGUAAGUCGUAAAUUAGGCUGAAUUGUACGACUCGACAACAUUAGCAUUGUCUAC